UUACUUAAAUAAUUAGGGUUCUCGGGUUUUAUAAUAAAUACCGUCGCCUUCCGUAACGAAACACCGGGAAAUACGCCAUCUGGGUGUCGUCGUACGCCUUUCGUUCGAAAAUGAUUACGCUAUUUAUAUACUUACAUUCUUUAUUUAUCGCCACCAACCGCCGGAACAUAAUCGGGUUAGGAACGGCGUUACGCGUAGGUAAACAAGUAGGAAGGGAUAAUAAUAAGAAAUACGACAACUUUAGCGAAAACUGCGCCAACGGACGAAGAUACGAACAGCGAAUAAGACGAGAAUUAACGGUAGAAUUGAGCAUUAAUUAAUUACAACAGGUACAGAACGAAAAAAGUUUAAAAGAAUAAUACAACUUAAAGUACCUCGUAUAUAACGAUAACGAUAUUGCCAUUCUGCCAUGACGGCUGUAAACGUGGCGACCGAAAACGAGAGUACGUCGUAUACGAAAUUGGCCAAGAAACGGGACGUCGCGAGAAAAUAAGGCUUUAACCGUGGGAGAAGAGAAGAAAUUACUCGGAAGAGUUAAUCGUCUUACCCAAAGCCAACAGACAGAAGACGGCAAUCGAUAUCGAGUACUUCAUCUCGGCUUUUGACUGGCCGUCCAAGGGGAUUCUUUAUUUAAAACAUAUCUAAUUUGCUCAAUUAUCCGUACCAAUUCGACGUUUAAUAACUCUUAAAACGUCGUCGGAGUUUAAAAGUUCAAUUAAGCAUUAAUAAACCGUUUAGAGGAGAAAUUUUACGGCGGAAGACAAGUGGAGUGGCCACCGGUCCGACUCAAUUAGGUUUUUAAUAGGAGAAGAAUUAAUGAUUAGAUAUUAUCCUAUUAUUCGAAAUCGUUUUAUAAUUACGAACAUCUGCCGUCGGUUUCCGCUCCCGGACGACGAUUACGGAAGACUGGCGAAAAGACAAUCGCCAUUCGCCACACUUUGGGCGUAGAUAAAAGUCGACUUACAAUUUUCCCGCUGGCGUUUCGAAACUUUCGGGUCUACACCACUAUUCGUCCGCCGGUUUGGUCAAUUUAGCCAGAGGAUAUUUAUAGAGAAGAGGAAAUAAACUUCUGACGACCUGGGGCGUAAGCGAAGGCCCAAAUCGUUGCCAGAGCGGAAGUUUUCGACCGGUGGUCUUUGGCAAAAGUCAGCGGUUUUUCUUAUUUAAACUCGAAAUAUACCCACGCCGGGAGUAUACUGCGAACAAUACCGUCCGCCACCUUCGGCUCCGGCCCGGUCCCGCGGGACGAGGUGUUUAUUCUACGAGGAGAUCCUCGUCUAUAAAACGUUAGAAUUACCUCUUACGGCAUCUUCCGUUCUUUAUAAAUGUUAAAAAAAUACUUGGACGAAAAAACCACCGGCGUCGUCCUGGCGGCCGUUUCCCUGUGGUCGGCGGUCACUCUGGUCCUUUUGUACGGCGUCAAGAACGACAAGCGGUUUUUAUUCCUCCCCUGGAUGGUUUGGAAGGCCGCGGUGGUGGCGGCACUUAUAAUAUCGUUGGUCCUCUGCCUGGCGGUCGUAUUGGCCAAUCCGAUGGCCGCGGUUAUCGCCUUGGCGGCGGGUUCGACGGCCUCCUUCGAAGUGUACUGUUACAGUUGCGUGUAUUCUCAAUACAGGAUCUUGACCGGCAAUUAGUUAAAACGGAAGGCUGCCGGAACGUCUGAGUCCACAGCGUUAUUUCUCCUUCAAAUAGAAAAACUUUUACGCGUACUUUUUUUAAAUGAUGGAAACGGCCAAUUAUUAUCCAGGAUUUAAAAUGAAAAUUUCGAUCGGAUAAAUUAUGUUUCGAGGCAAUAAAAUAUUAAUUUACAGCUUUUGCUCGUACGCUUUGUAAAAGGUAAUUAGGCCGGGAACACGCGCGCGUAAAAUUGUGUGGCAGAAAACUGAAUCAGAAAUCGGUUUCUGUUUUACGCUUUUUAUGCCGGAACACGCGUACGUAAAAAUUCUGGCCGAACAGGAAACGCCGCUGCCACCAACGGUGCUAAUUUUAUUCAUUUUUUUCCUCUCAUAGAGGCUAUCUAUCCCUUUGUACCUUCCAUUUUUUCUCCGCUUCCUCCGCUGUAAUAUAGAAAGUUUAAAUGAAUAGACUCGUAUUCCGAAUUGAAAUAAAGAACGCGCCAUCUAAAUACUAGGCCUAUAUAUCUAUUCUACUACACCUAGCUGUUAUUUGAAAUUUAGCACCUAUAACCAUCCAUAAACGUCGUUUAAAUACGGUGUCUUUAUACGCGACACCCACGUGGUCGAACGGAUUCGAUAAACUCCUCUAUUUCGACAUCGUCACAAUUGUAGGGUUAACCCUGGUUGCCGCCAU